CCACGUCUGACUUGGGGCUGCGCUCAGCCCUGGCCAGCUGCUCGCGGGGAGUCAUGGCGUGCCCUCCCCCAGUGCCCGGGCUGCAGAGGUCCCCGCUGCUCUGGCUGCUUCUCUUCGCGCCGUCCAUCCUCGCCUGGGACAGCGGGGACUUGGAGCUCUUCGACCUGGUGGAGGAGGUCCCGCAAAACUUCUACGCUUUCCUGGGAGUGGAGCAGGAUGCUUCAUCAGCAGACGUUAGGAAAGCCUAUCGUAAGCUUUCACUAAUAUUACACCCAGACAAGAAUAAAGAUGAAAAUGCAGAAACCCAAUUUAGACAAUUGGUGGCCAUCUAUGAGGUUUUAAAAGAUGAAGAGAGAAGGCAUAGGUAUGAUGAUAUUCUGAUCAAUGGGCUACCAGAUUGGCGACAGCCUGUAUUCUACUACAGGCGAGUGAGGAAAAUGAGCAAUGCGGAGUUGGCAUUGCUGUUGUUCAUUAUCCUCACAGUGGGUCAUUAUGGUGUAGUUUGGUCAAUCUACCUGGAAAAACAACUGGAUGAACUGCUUAGCAGAAAAAAGAGAGAGAAGAGGAAAAGGACUGGAGGGAAGAAUGUGGAUGAAAUGAAACUUGGUGUAGACAAAAAUGAAAGGUUACUAGAGAAGCCACAGUGGUGGGACUUGCUUCCGUGUAAGCUGGGUAUAUGGUUCUGCUUAACUGUAAAAGCACUGCCUCAGUUUUUUCAGGAAGCCAGAAAACUGUAUACAGAAUAUAAAGAAACAAAAAUGAAAGAGAAGGAAGAGGCCCAAGCUAGAGCUGAAUUGGAAACACUUCAAAAGGAGAAGAAACCUAAAAUCAAGAAACCAAAACCUGAAUUUCCUAUAUAUACAGCAUCAGAAACAAAUGAAUAUGUACCAUCAUGUUACCAUGUUACUUCUAUUGAAGAAAUUGAGGAACAGAUGGAUGACUGGUUGGAAGACAGAAACAAGCCGCUCAGAAAGAAGGCACCUCAGUGGACAGAAGAGGACCUUAGCCAACUGACAAGAAGUAUGGUUAAGUUCCCAGGGGGGACGCCUGGUCGAUGGGAAAAGAUUGCUCACGAAUUGGGUCGAUCAGUGGCAGAUGUGACUGUAAAAGCCAAGCAAAUUAAAGAUUCUGUUACAUGUACUCCAGGCAUUAUUAGGCUCUCAGAGCUGAAAAUGCUGGCCCAGAACUCGAAAUCCAACAAGGCUGCGGUUAACUUGUCAGAUCAUAUAAUUACGCAACGAGAAGAGGAGGAGGAGGAGGAGGAAGAGGAAGCAGCAGCAAAAUACAAUUGCGACCCAGAGCCACUGGAAAUGGCAGCGACAGAUCAGCAGCAGACAGUACUAAGCGAAACAAGACAUCGUAAGCGGAAAACCACUGCCAAGGUUGAAACUGCACUUCCAGUGGGGAAAGAAACAGAUGAGGACAAGUACCGAGGGAGGCGGCAAAAGGACUUUGACACUGCAGAACAAGAGGAGUGCAGUGAUGAUGAGUUCAGGAAAAGGGAGAGAUGUCAAAGCUCGGAAGACAUGUGGACUCAAAAUCAACAGAAACUUCUGGAGCUUGCAUUACAGCAGUAUCCAAAGGGAACAGCAGAACGCUGGGAUAAAAUUGCAAAAUGUGUUCCAGGGAAAAGUAAGGAAGAAUGUGUGGCUCGAUACAAAUUGCUGGUUGAACUGAUACAGAAGAAAAAAUUGGCAAAGAGCUGAAUGUGGCAAAGAAUUUUGCUAAUCAGAUCGGGUUAUUUUAAACGUCAUAUGCAGUAACAUGUACUUUUGUACAUCAGUAUUUCAGUAUGUCCUGUGCCUUAGUAAAACUAAUCAAUAAAUUUUAUACCUUAAAACGGAGUUAAUAGGAGCAAAACGUAUUUUUGUACUGGAAAGUAUUGACAUGAUCAAGUGUUACCUGCAUAGCUGAUAUUUUAGGAAACUUUGCUAUUUUAUACACCAUAGCACUGUUUGACAAUACUUCAGAAAACUUAAAACUGCAGGAGUAUAGUUGUUGGGGAUGACAAAUGUGCAUCUUCUGUUUUUUGCCUGAGGCUGGACUAAUUAUUUUGUGGUUCUGCAUUCAUCUUCCUUUUAGUCAGGUGAACUGUGCUUUCUAUGAUCUCAACACAGUCUUCUGUAAAAGCCACCACUGAAUAGAUUUCUGUAGAAGCAGGGUGCUGCACGUCUCAUUUUUGUUCCUGCAACUUGCAUCUGUGUGUUUCAAGUAAGUAGAUCAUGCAGUAGUGUAUACCUUCAAGUGCCGCUACAGCCACUGCGGUAGGUAUACGGUUUGUGACUAAAUAGUAAUAGGAAGUCUUAGGAGGUAGCAUCUAUAUUUAGAAUGUGGAAUUAAACCACAUUAAUUUAAACAGAUCCUGGACUACACUGUUCUUUCAGGGGAAGAGCCUUCUACAAUAUUCCUUAAACUCAUGUGCAGCAAUAUUUUUCUGAAUUAAAAUGGAAGACACAUUCAUGCGUCCAAAGAUCAAAUUCUAGAGUAAGAACAACCAGUCCCUAAAGGAACCUCUCCCAGUUGGCAUUUGGUAAGCCAUCUUCAGGCCUAGGACAAAGACAGAGUACAAAUGUUUCAGAUAAAUAGGCAAGGCUCAUGGAGAGAGACUACAGAAAACUCCUCCUAGUGUGUCCACUGCAGAAGUGAUCAUAUGCUCCCAUCCCCUACAGAUGGGUAGGGGUUACAGAGUUACAGGAUUAGUUUAUCCUAGGUAAGACUGACCGCAACAGCAAAACAAGACUUUUCACACAGAUGUUGGAGACCUUUAACUUUUCAUGUCUCACUGGUAUGCCCUAAAUUAGUGCAAAGUACACAACCCUCAUUAUAGCUGCUGGCUCCCUAUGAUUCUGAACAAGGUGCUUCAAAAAUGUAAAUGAUUAGUGUUUUUCAAAGCACAAGAUGGAAGUAUAAGGCAACAGCUUGAAUGGCACCAGUAUUUUGUAAGCAUUCUAUGGAGCAAGCUUACCAUCCUUACCCAACCCAACGCACAUGGGCAACUGUCAAGAAGCAUGCACUCCACAGCUAUGCCUGAAUUUGUCUAAUUACUAGGUAGCUGUUCUUGCUGUUCUGAUUCUUGUAGACAAACUGAUGCUGUAAUGUAUAUCGUCACUGAAUCAAGCAUUUUAAAUAAAAUGAUGCA